GACAUUGAAAAACGGGCUCCUCUCGGUGGUCAGGCUUUCCAAUUGUUCACACGUUUCGGGGGCCUUCAUUUGAAGUGGGAGUGCGACAUGUGUGGAAUUUCCUGGCGUGGAAAAAGUGCGCAGAAGAAUUGAAUGGAAGGAAACGUGGCCCCUGGACUUUUUCCUGUCCCGAACGUCUGGUCCGAACUCGACUUGCUCACUCGGACUCCAAGUUGCCUUCAAUGUGGAGCUCGUGCGCGCGCAGCAUGAAAGCAGCAGCAUGGACGCGCUUCUCUUUCUCUUGAUGCCGAUUUUUGUGACGACUGCCUCCCAAAGUUCGACCUUCAGUCUUUCCUCAAGGACACGAGAAGGCUCAAAGGUGACAGGGUCAACUUUAAGGUCACAGACAGGACCAGUGGUCCAACACAUGACCUUCGGCCUUGCGUCUCCGAGGCAGGCCCUGAUGCCGGUGCGCCCGGUCUCGUCUGUUUGGUCGCAAACAUCGAAGAUGCCGCCGCCGGUUACAGACACGUCGCUCACGUCAAAGACGGUGGGCGAUGUCUCCGCGGAUACGCCGCCGACAUUGGCGAGCGCCGCCGCUCCUCCCUUCUUCAAUGGGGGCACGCCUGCCAGCGAACCUGCCAACGGCGCGUAUGCCUCGACUCCUGCCACCAGUCGUGCCUCCCUUGCCACCUCCACUUCUUCUUCGACUCCUGCUGCCACCCCUCACGUCUCAAACGUAGCCUCUCUUCUCUCCACUUCCUUCCCAACCAUGACCACUUCCAGUCCCGCCUCACCUUCUGCCUCCACCCCGGCCUCCAGUUUAGCAUCCACCUCUGCCUCCAGUCGUGCCUCCCUUGCCACCUCCACUUCUUCUUCGACUCCAGCUGCCACCCCUCACGUCUCAAACGUAGCCUCUCUUCUCUCCACUUCCUUCCCAACCAUGACCACCUCCAGUCCCGCCUCACCUUCUGCCUCCACCCCGGCCUCCAGUUUAGUAUCCACCUCUGCCUCCAGUCCCACCUCUCCCCCUGUCUCUAGUCUCACCUCCGCCCCUGCCUCCAGUCCCGCCUCACCUUCUGCCUCCGCCCCUGCCUCCAGUCCCGCCUCCACCCCUGCCUCCAGUCCCACCUCAGCUCCUGCCUCCCGUCCCACCGCCACCCCUGCCUCCAGUCCCACCUCACCUCCUGCCUCCCGUCCCACCGCUACCCCUGCCUCCAGUGCCACAGCCACCCCUGCCUCCAUUCCCACCGCCACCCCUACCUCCAGUCCCACCUCCACCCCUGCCUCCAUUCCCAUCUCACCUCCUGCCUCCCGUCCCACCGCCACCCCUGCCUCCAGUGCCACCGCCACCCCUGCCUCCAUUCCCACCGCCACCCCUACCUCCAGUCCCACCUCCAUUCCCAUCUCACCUCCUGCCUCCCGUCCCACCGCCACCCCUGCCUCCAGUGCCACCGCCACCACUACCUCCAUUCCCACCGCCACCCCUACCUCCAUACCCAUCUCACCUCCUGCCUCCAUUCCCAUCUCACCUCCUGCCUCCAUUCCCACCUCCACCCCAGCCUCCAUUCCCGCCUCCACCCCAGCCUCCAUUCCCGCCUCCACCCCAGCCUCCAUUCCCGCCUCCACCCCUGCCUCCAUUCCCGCCUCCACCCCUGCCUCCAUUCCCACCGCCACCCCUACCUCCAGUCCCACCGCCACGCCUGCCUCCAUUCCCAUCUCACCUCCUACCUCCAUUCCCACCUCACCUCCUGCCUCCAGUCCCACCGCCACCCAUGCCUCCAGUCCCACCGCCACCCCUGCCUCCAGUCCCACCGCCACCCCUGCCUCCAGUCCCACCGCCACCCCUGCCUCCCGUCCCACCGCCACCCCUGCCUCCAGUCCCACCUCACUUCCUGCCUCCAGGACCACCUCCCUUCCUGCCUCCAGUCCCACCGCCACCCCUGCCUCCAGUCCCACCGCCACCCCUGCCUCCAGUCCCACCUCACCUUCUGCCUCCACCCCUGCCUCCAGUCCCACCUCCCUUCCUGACUCCAGUCCCACCGCCACCCCUGCCUCCAGUCCCGCGUCACCUCCUGCCACCAGUCACACCUCCACCUCUGCCUCCAGUCACACCUCCACCUCACCUCCUGCCUCCAGUCACACCUCCACCUCACCUCCUGCCUCCAGUCACACCUCCACCUCACCUCCUGCCUCCAGUCACACCUCCACCUCUGCCUCCAGUCACACCUCCACCUCUGCCUCCAGUCACACCUCCACCUCACCUCCUGCCUCCAGUCACUCCUCCACCUCACCUCCUCCCUCCAGUCACACCUCCACCUCACCUCCUGCCUCCAGUCCCACCUCCACCUCACCUCCUGCCUCCAGUCCCACCUCCACCUCACCUCCUGCCUCCAGUCCCACCUCACCUCCUGCCUCCAGUCCCACCGCCACCUCUGCUCCCAGUUUCACCUCCCUUGCCACCACCAUCACUGCCUCCAGUCCCACCGCCACCCCUGCCUCCACUCCCACCUCACCUCCUGCCUCCAGUCCCACCGCCACCCCUGCUUCCAGUUUCACCUCCCUUGCCACCACCGUGACUGCCUCCAGUCCCACCUCACCUCCUGCCUCCAGUCCCACCUCACCUCCUGCCUCCAAUCCCACCGCCACCCCUGCCUCCAGUCCCACCUCACCUCCUGCCUCCAGUCCCACAUCACCUCCUGCCUCCAGUCCCACCGCCACCCCUGCCUCCAGUCCCACCGCCACCCCUGCCUCCAGUCCCACCGCCACCCCUGCCUCCAGUCCCACCGCCACCCAUGCCUCCAGUCCCACCGCCACCCCUGCCUCCAGUCCCACCGCCACCCCUGCCUCCAGUCCCACCGCCACCCAUGCCUCCAGUCCCACCACCACCCCUGCCUCCAGUCCCACCGCCACCCCUGCCUCCAGUCCCACCGCCACCCAUGCCUCCAGUCCCACCACCACCCCUGCCUCCCGUCCCACCGCCACCUCUGUCUCCAGUCCCACCUCACCUCCUGCCUCCAGUCCCACCUCACCUCCAGCCUCCAGUCCCACCGCCACCCCUGCCUCCAGUCCCACCUCACCUCCAGCCUCCAGUCCCACCGCCACCCCUGCUUCCAGUUUCACCUCCCUUGCGACCAAAGUGACUGUCUUUACGCCCACCAGCACCGCUGCCUCCAGUCCCGCCACCACUCCUGCCCCCCUUACCGUUGGCAUGCCCCCCUCCACUCCUGCCUCGACCGCCGCCUCCACGCCUUCAACAUCAUCCGGAGCCACGUCCGCAGGCACAGCAGGCCGUGCGGCAACAAGGUUCACCAUGACAACGAGCACUGCCAGCAACCGGCAAAGUGGGCCGAGCUGCUCGGUGACCUUUAUGCAGGUGAAGGUCGGCGUGAGUUGGGUGCUGCUGACCUUCAGCUCCCGACAUGUGUGCUGCAACUUCACAGCGGCGGCGGCGGCCACGCACAGCAGCAAUGUUAGCGGCGGCGUCAGCGACUGUCAGCCGCCGGCGGCACCGGCCGCUCUGAACUUUACCUGCGCCAUCACGCAGCUGCAGGCGGGGACCGCGUACCGCAUCAGCGUGGCCUCGGCCCGACGCGGACCGGCAGGACCGGCGGGACAAGUGGCAGUGCGAACAGUUCCUGAUGGGGUGUCGGCGUUGUCCGCCGUGUCGGUUUCUGAUGGCACAGCGUUACGUCUCACCUGGACGCCUCCCAGUGGCUACUGGGAGAAAUACAGCGUGCUUCUGUGGAACGGCUCCACAGUUCUGGUCAAUGAAACCAUCGACAAGCCGAGCCGGAGCUAUGUGUUCUCUGCCGACGUCUUGGGCCUGAUAGCGGGUCGGAUCUACGCUGCGGAGGUUACGGUGCACAGCGGGAUCCUGAUCAGCACGGCGCGCUGUCAAGGACGACUCGCCCCCGGACCCGUCCUGCAGCUUCGCGUCCAUUGGGCCGACGACUCUGCCGUCCAUGUCCAAUGGCGCCCCCCGUCAGGCGAGUGGGACGGCUACACGGCAGUCAUCCGACAGGCCCGGUCCGACUCGGCCGCGGCCCGGAGCCUCUUACCCCGGGAGGCCACGGGGUGCGCCUUCCACGAGCUCGCCUCGGGGCGCCUUUACACCGUCACCGUGACGACCAGCAGUGGCAACCUGAGUAGCUCCACCUCGGUCAACGCAUGGACCACUCCAUCUCAGGUCACCAGGCUGCAGGUUUUUAAUUUGGGAAGCACAGAGAGUCUUCUGGUACAGUGGGAGCAGGCCGGCGGGGACGUGGACUUAUACUUGGUCCUGCUGGUCCACGAGGGCAGCGUCAUCAAGAACCAGAGCGUGCCGGCCGACGCCACCGGCCUGAACUUCCGUGACCUGAAGCCCGGCGCCCACUACAGGGUGGUGGUGACGACGGUCCGAGAGGGGCGCACGUCCAGGCAGACGGUGGCUGAGGGGAGCACCGUACCCGCUGCUGUUGGUGAGGUAAAUGUCAGUAAUAACGGGCGCAUGGACUUCCUCAGCGUGUCGUGGCGUCCGGCUUUUGGGGAGGUGGACAGUUACGUGGUGGCCCUGAGGGACCGAGACAAGGCGCUUCACACGCUGGUCGUCUCCAAAUCCAGUCACCAGUGCGUUUUUAGCUCCCUGGUUUCAGGACGCCUCUACAACAUCUCCAUCAGCACUCGCAGCGGAACCUUCCAGAACCACACCUCCAUCCUGGGGAGGACACAACCGUCGAAGGUUCAGAACCCCACGGCGACACACGGCGCCCGUGACGACUUCCUGAAGGUGUAUUGGCGACCCGCCUCCGGAGACUUGGACCUGUACCUCGUGUCCAUCAAGCACAACAACGCCGUGCUGCAGAACCAGACUGUAUCCGGGAUGCGGAACGAAUGUGUCUUUCACGGCCUGGUCCCGGGUCGACUCUACACGGUGGUGAUCAGCACCUGGAGCGGCACCUACGAGGCCAGCACCUCCACCCAUGGUUGCACCUUCCCGGCGGCGGUGCGCUCCUUGCGUGUCGCCCGUCGGUCCUCGCGGGAGCUUUGGGUGGCGUGGGCGGCGGCCCUGGGCGACGUGGACCACUACGAGGUGCAGCUGCUAUUCAACGACAUGAAGGUGUUCCCUCCGCUCACCUUGGGCGGUGGCGUGGGCGAGUGCUGCGUGAGCUCGCUCACACCCGGACGCCUCUACAAGGUCUUGGUGUCCACCUUCAGCGGACCCAACCAGAGGACCCGGUUCGUCGAGGGCCGCACGGUUCCCAGCAAGGUGAAGAACAUCCAGGUGAGUAACGACGGCGACAGCAGCAGUUUGACGGUGAGCUGGACGCCGGGCCAGGGCGACGUGGACGGCUACACGGCGGUUCUGUACAGGCAGCAUCAGCAGCUGGCCUCGCGGCCCGUCCUCAAACUCCACAAUCGGGUCGUGUUCGGCUCGCUGCGGCCAGGUCAGCUGUACGGCGUGACGGUUCAGGCGUUCAGCGGCGACCUCUCCAGCAACCGAACAGCCAGCGGACGCACAGUCCCGUCGGCGGUAACGGCGCUGCUCGUGGAGAAUCCGGCCGGGAGCGACGGGCUGCGGGCGAGCUGGCGGGAAGCGACGGGCGUGUCCGACGGCUACUUCCUGCAGCUUCUGGACGAGCGAGGCGCCGUCCUCGCCAACGCCACGGCGACCGGCGCCCUCGCUCGGCACACCUUUCCCGGUCUCAGCCCGGGAAGGCGGUACGGCGUCCUGGUCCGGACGACCAGCGGCGAAGUCCAAAGCCUCGGGGUCAGCGCCCGGGCUCGCACACGUCCCGCGGCCGCCGCCCAGCUGUCCGUCAAAAGCGACACCGGCACCGGCCUGGCCUUGAGCUGGUCCCGGCCGGCGGGCGACUUGGACUCGUACGACAUUCUCCUGUACGGCGCCGACGAGGUCCUGCUGGAGCGGCGCCGGACCGGACCGUCCGGCCUGGACUGCCGGUUCGGAGGACUCGCACCCGGUUCCGUCUACCGGAUGGAGGUCGUCACGCGCAGCGGACCUUUGAGCAACCGCUCCGACAUUUGGGCCAGGACAGUUCCGUCCGCCGUCACGUCUCUGCGUGCCGAGAGCGGCGACGCCGGUGACCAGCUGCGGGUGUCGUGGCGACGGGGCCAGGGCGGCGUGGACGGCUACCGGGUGUCACUGUCCGCCCCCGACGGCUCGCUGCGAGCGCAGGAGCGGCUGGGGUCGGACGUCGUGGAGUUCAUUUUCGGCGACCUGACGCCGGGCCGGCUUUACCGCGUCGACGUCCUGAGCCUCAGCGGCGAGCUCGUGAACGGCACCGGCGUGCACGGGAGGACAGCUCCCAGAUCGCCGGGCUCCUUGCUCUUCCGAGGGGUGACCAACACGUCCCUGGAGGUCGCCUGGACCGCCCCCGCGGACUGCGACUACGACGACUUCGACGUGCGCUGGACGCCUCCCGACCGCGGUUUCGCGGUCAACCCGUACGAGAGUCGCCGGUCCGCCAGUCGGAUCCUGAGAGGCUUGUUCCCCGGACGCCUCUACAACGUCAGCCUGCGCACAGUCAGCGGAGCCUCGCGGGGCGGGGGCGGGGCCGCGCCCUCCUACAGCCCGCCCGUCCAGCGCAGCGUUCGCACCAAGCCGUCGCCGGUCGUGGGCCUCCGCUGCCGCCCCCGCAGCUCCACGUCUGUUUCCUGCUCCUGGGCGCCCCCGGAGACCGACUUUGACUCCUACGCUGUGGAGUGCGCGCAUGAGGACUCGGGGAGUCUGGUCUACUCGCGCCGCUGGGACCGGCGCCCGGCCGACUACGUGAUCGGCCUGCUGGAGCCUCACAAGCGCUACGACGUGAGGGUGAAAGUCAUCUCGGACGGCAGCGCCAGCGAACCGGCGCGCGACAACGUGGUCACCAUGAUCGACCGUCCUCCGGUGCCACCCGUCAACACGCGAGUGGAGGCCGCAUCGGCGCUGGCGAGCGCGUCGUCCAUCUUGUUCCGCUUCAACUGCAGCUGGUUCAGCGACGUCAACGGCGCCGUCAAAUUCUUCAGCGUCGUCGUCACCGAGUCCGAAGGUGAGGACAGCGUUUUGCCGGAGCAGCGCCACCCUCUGCCCUCGUACGGCGAAUAUAUGUCCAACGCGUCCAUCAAGUCCUACCAGACGUCUCUGUUCGCCAGCGGGGCCGCCGCCGAGGCGUGCGGCUACGACAUCGCCGUGGGGACGGGGACGGACGUUCUGGGGGGGUUGUGCGACCGCUCACCCUCGCAGCGCGACGGACCGCACUUCUGUGACGGACCCCUCAAACCCACGACCGCUUACAGGCUGAGCAUCCGAGCGUUCACGCGAACGUCCGACGCCGUUUCUGCGCCGCUGUACGCCGACACCUUCCUGUCGCUGCCCGUGCGAACCGCCGCAGGCCCCGCGAGCGGCGCGGCCGGAGGAAUCGGCGCCGCCGUCUUCGUGACGGUCGUCAUGGCGACGCUGGCGGCGCUGAUGGUCUGCAGACGACAUGCGCAACGCAAAACUGUGCAGGAGAGUUCAUCAGUCAACAUGUGUGUGAGAAGAGAGCGAGCUUUGCCAAGAGGUCACCUGGGGGUCAGAGGGAAGUGUCGCCGCAUGACAAGUCCCGUCAACGUCAUCGACUUUGAGCGCCACUGCGACAAGCUUCAGGCCGACGCCCACUUCCUGCUUUCCGAGCAGUACGAGAGUCUGAAGGACGUGGGCCGCAACCAAGCCACGGACGCCGCGUUGCUGCCGGAGAACCGCGGCAAGAACCGAUACAACAACAUCCUGCCCUACGACUCAACGAGAGUCAAGCUAACGUGCGUGGAUGACGACCUCUCCUCCGACUACAUCAAUGCCAGCUACGUCCCCGGCAAUCGCUUCCGGCGCGAGUACAUCGCCACCCAGGGGCCGCUGCCGGGAACGAAAGACGACUUCUGGAAGAUGGUCUGGGAGCAAAACGUCUACAACGCGGUCAUGCUGACGCAGUGUGUGGAGAAAGGGCGGGUGAAGUGCGACCGCUACUGGCCGGCGGACCGGGAGCCGCUUUACUACGGCGACCUGAUCGUCCGCGUGACCUCCGAGUCCACGCUGCCCGAGUGGACCAUCCGAGAGUUCCGCAUCUGCAUCGAGGACGAUCCGCGGCACGAGCGCGUGGUUCGUCAUUUCCACUUUACGGUGUGGCCCGAUCACGGCGUCCCUGACGGCACGCGGGCGCUGGUCCACUUCGUCAGAACCGUCCGAGAUUUUGUCAACAGAAGUCCGGCUGGCGGACCCACCAUCGUACACUGCAGCGCGGGCGUGGGUCGCACGGGAACCUUCGUGGCGCUGGACCGCCUCCUGCAGCAGUCGGACACGUGCGACACGCUGGACGUUUAUGGAUGCGUUUGGCAACUACGCUUGCACCGCUCACACAUGCUGCAGACCGAGCGUCAAUACGCGUUCGUGCAUCAGUGCGUCAGCGACGUGCUGCGAGCCAGGAACACGACGGUGUUCGAAAACGUCAGCUUGAGCCAGAAGCUGUGUGUGCGACCUUGACAUCAUAAGACAAUUCUGCCCAGAUGACGUCAUUAAAAUGAGCUGUGUGAAGAGCUUGCGUAUACAUAUGACGUCAUCCAAACGGUGACGUAUGAAGAUUGUUUGUGUGUUUUUUUAUUUUGUGGCUUAUGAUUUUGCACAUUUCUGCGGGACUUAGCAGAUAUUCUUUAUUUCAUUGUUAUUAUUGUCGAUGUAUUUUUUUCUGGAACAUGAGGAACAAAAUGUGUUUUGUUUCAUUCUUUUUAGUUAAUUUUGUGUUGGGUUAAGCACAUAAACACGCUGUUAAUGGGUGUAUAGUCGAGCGUGCCUUUUUAAAUUAUUAAUAUUAUUGAAAUGCAUACUAAAUGUGCUAAAACAACAACAAGACGUCUUUGUUUGCUGAUGAGAGGAAGUCUGAACUGUGGCUAGCACAGAUAUGUGUUUGGUAGCUAUGACGCGCAUUUUUGAGCUCCAUGCCGACUGUGACGCUAAGCUAGGGUGGCGCAUUCAUUGUGUGUGUAUGGCAAGAAAACCAAAAGACCAAUGAUACCGGUAUGUUGUGCUGCAUGCGGUUGCGUAAAGCGGCGUACAAUUGCGACACGGGUACGGGGAUUCCCUUUCACAUGAAAAAAAUAUAUUUAAAUGUUUUUCUUUUUUUUUUUUGUUUAAAAAAAAAAGUUGUUUAUUGAUAGCAUUUUAGCACUUUGGCGUUGACAAAACAGUCACCCUCAUGAAAAUAGAUUGAGGAAUAAGCAAGUUAAGACUUAAUUUCAGUGUCCAUCCAUUGCCUUCUAUGGGAAGGUCGACCUCUCCAAGAUGGCCGCUUUAUAAACACGUCGGUAGCCGGGCUGCUUCAUUGCCCUGGCGUAUCUACCAAUAUGUCUAUGGUGGCUCGCGUCGAUGCUAGGUAGUCGCUCAAAAAAAAAAAAAAAAUGUCCAUCCAUCCAUCCAUCCAUUUUCUUUACUGGUGAUCCUCAGUCGGGUCGCGGGCUCCCGGAGCCUAGCCCAGCUAUCUUCGGGUCGCCAGCCAAUCGCAGGGCACAUAGAAACAAACAAGCGUUGGCACUCACAUUCACACCUAUGGGCAAUUUAGAGUCCUCAAUCAACCUACCACGCAUGGUUUUGGGACCUGGGAGGAAACCGGAGUGCCCGGAGAAAACCCACGCAGGCACGGGGAGAACAUGCAAACUCCACACAGGUGAGGCCGGGGAUUUGAACCCUGGUCCCCAGAGCUGUGAGGCAGAUGUGCUAACCAGUCGUCCAACAACCCCCCCCCCCCCC